AUAUUAGGUGAGGGAGGCCAAGCUCAACACAAAACAAUAUCCACAAGUUUUUCCACUGUCAUGCAUCAAACUUGGCCAAUAAUGGUGGAGAAGAAGGGGACACUUGUGAUCGCGGAAUUGGCUUUGCUGCUGCUGCUGCUGCUGCUGCCUUUGCUCUCAGGAGCUCUAGACAUUGUUAAAGUGAGGGAAAUUGCUGCUCGCAACAAUGUGACAUGUAUCUUGGUCUUUGGAGAUUCAAGUGUUGAUUCUGGCAACAACAAUUUUAUAGUGACCACCAUAAAGAGCAAUUUCCUUCCUUAUGGCAAAGACUUCUUCAAUGGCCGCCCAACUGGAAGGUUCAGCAAUGGAAGGCUUGCCACAGAUUUCAUUGCGGAUGCUAUUGGCUACACAAAAACAAUCCCAGCAUUUCUUGACCCCAAUCUGAAGCUGGAAGAUCUGCCUCAUGGUGCUAGUUUUGCAUCAGCUGCUUCGGGUUACGAUGAUUUCACCGCUAAUAUUUCGAGUGUUCUGUCUCUUCCCCGCCAGCUGAAGUAUUUGAUGCAUUAUAAGGUCAAACUAAGAAAACUGGUUGGUCAUAAGAGAGCUGAGGAUAUCAUUAGAACUGCCGUCUUCGUCAUAAGUAUGGGCACAAAUGACUUUCUCCAGGACUACUACUUGGACCCAACUCGCCCCAAGCAAUUCACUGUGGAAGAGUAUCAAAAUUACUUGGUCUCUUGCAUGGCUAAUGCCAUUCAGAAAAUGCAUAGGCUAGGAGGCACAAGAUUGGCUGUUGUUGGGGUCCCUCCUUUGGGAUGCAUGCCACUUGUCAAAACGAUAAUGGACACGACGACAUGUGCCGAAAAUUACAACAAACUGGCAUCCUCAUUGAAUUCCAAGAUACAAGAGAAAUUGGAGGCCAUAAGCACAACAUCUAGAAUGAAAAUCGCCUUUGUUGAUGCCUAUGGUAUUAUCCAAAAUGCCAUAAACAACCCAGCACUGUACGGUUUGUCUGAGACUUCAAAAGGGUGUUGCGGGACUGGAACCAUAGAGUUUGGAGAUUCAUGCAGGGGCUUAGAGACAUGCACUGAUCCAGAAAAAUACGUAUUCUGGGAUGCUGUUCAUCCAACAGAAAAAAUGUAUAAAAUCCUUGCUGAGGAGGCUAUCAAAGCUCUUGCUCAAAAGCUCCUUGUCUGAGAAAAAAGGAUUUUGUUUGGGGGUGCUAAGUAAGAUAUGUAACAAAAUCACUUACUCUUGAAUUACUUUCAGCGAAAUCGAAUUUUCAGAUUUUUAAAUACC